UCCUCCCGGGGGCCGGUUCCCGCUGUCUCAGCCGCAGCGUUCGGGGGACGCUGGCGUGAGUGACUGACCGGCCGCCGGCGCCGGGAGCCGCCGCGUCCAGCCCGGCCCACUGGCCGCGGACCUGGGACCGAGUCCGCCCUCCGCGCCCCUCGUCCUUCGCCCCAGCGGGCUCCGGGCGGGCUAGCCGUGCUCCGGCCCUUCUCGGGCGGCUCCGCGGCACAGCGGGCGCGCAGAGACAGUGAGAAGAGAAGGUGGAUGUAGUAAUGGAACCAGAGAGAUGGGGAGCAGGAUGUGGGAAGAUAAAUGAAGGGGUCUAGAAACAAAAUAAAUGUCAGUGAAAAGGAGAGCUACCAUCAUUAAGGGCUGAAAACAGUGAAAUCACUUUUAAUAGUUAAAAGACUGUUGAGAAGACAAGAUGGGGACUCCUGGUUCUGGAAGGAAAAGGACACCCAUGAAAGACCGAUUUUCUGCAGAAGAUGAAGCUUUGAGUAACAUUGCCAGAGAGGCUGAGGCAAGGCUGGCAGCAAAACGGGCUGCCCGGGCAGAAGCAAGAGAUAUACGCAUGAGAGAACUGGAACGACAACAGAAAGAGCACUCUCAUCAUUCCUUUGAUCGGAAAUGGGGACAGAUUCAGAAGUGGCUGGAAGAUUCGGAAAGGGCCAGGUAUUCCCACCGGUCCAGUCAUCAUCGUCCUUAUCUGGGAGUUGAGGAUGCAUUGUCUGUUCGAAGUCUUGGCAGUCACAGGAACUCAUUGAAGGACAUAACUGGGACAGACUGGAGCAGAGCCAGUACACCCAAAAGGAGAGACAUCAUGUAUGAUGCUCUCAAGGAUAGAUCGUCAAGACUUUCAUCAUUAAAUCAUUCUUCUAGUCACUCUUACAGAAUGAAGAAGAGAUCUUCUGGUUCUCAUAGAGACCCACUGAGUGGCCUCUACUUUGACCAGAGAAACUAUAGCAGUCUCAGACAUAGCAAACCCACCUCUGCCUACUAUACUCGGUCUUCUUCCCUGUACAGUGACUCUCUGGCGACAUCUAAGAGUCACAGGGCCUCCCCUAUUGCAAAUUCUGGUCUGCUGAGAAGUGCCAGUCUGGUAUCACUUUAUGAUGGUGGAUUAUAUAACCCUUAUGGUUCUCGAACUCCGUCUGAAUACAGUUAUUACUCAUCAAGAACAAGUUCAGCCCGAAGCAGUCCUGUGUUUACCGACGAUGACAGUGCAAGCAUUGCGUCUUCUGGUCGUGCCAGUCGUGGGCGAAGGGAGAGUGUGGUUUCUACUGCCGAUUAUUUUAGUCGCUCCAAUCGUAGGGGGAGCAUUGUCUCUGAGGUGGAUGACGUCAGUAUCCCAGAUUUGACCAGUUUUGAUGAAAAAUCUGACAAACAGUAUGCUGAAAAUUACACAAGGCCUUCAUCUAGAAAUUCUGCCUCGGCGACAACCCCUCUAAGUGGAAACUCAUCCCGACGAGGAAGCGGGGACACCAGCAGCUUAAUAGAUCCAGACGCUUCACUAAGUGAAUUGCGGGAUAUCUAUGACCUUAAGGACCAGAUACAGGAUGUAGAAGGGAGAUACAUGCAGGGGCUUAAAGAACUAAAGGAGUCUUUGUCUGAAGUGGAAGAAAAAUACAAGAAGGCCAUGGUUUCCAAUGCACAGUUAGACAAUGAGAAGAACAAUUUGAUCUACCAGGUAGACACCCUCAAGGAUGUUAUUGAAGAACAGGAGGAACAGAUGGCUGAAUUUUAUAGAGAAAAUGAAGAAAAAUCAAAGGAGUUAGAAAGGCAGAAACAUAUGUGUAGUGUGCUGCAACAUAAGAUGGAUGAACUUAAAGAAGGCAUUCGACAAAGAGAUGAGCUUAUUGAGGAGAAUCAACGUAUGCAGGAGAAAAUAGACACCAUGACAAAAGAGGUGUUUGACCUCCAGGAGACACUUCUUUGGAAAGAUAAAAACAUUAGGGCCCUAGAGAAACAGAAAGAAUACAUUGCCUGCCUUAGGAGUGAGCGAGAUGCUCUCAGAGAGGAGCUGGCUGACCUGAAGGAGACAGAGAAGACAGGAGAGAAACAUGGCUUAGUUAUAAUCCCCGAUGGCACUCCCAAUGGUGAUGUCAAUCAUGAACCAGUGGUUGGAGCCAUCACUGUUGUGUCUCAGGAAGCUGCUCAGGUCUUGGAGUCAGCAGGAGAAGGGCCACUAGAUGUAAGGCUACGAAAACUUGCUGGAGAAAAGGAAGAGCUACUAUCACAGAUUAGAAAACUGAAGCUGCAGUUAGAGGAAGAGCGGCAGAAGUGCUCCAGGAGUGACAGCACAGUGGGUGACGUGGCAGGGCUGCAGAACGGCUCGGACUUGCAGUUCAUCGAAAUGCAGAGAGAUGCCAAUAGACAAAUUAGUGAAUACAAAUUUAAGCUUUCAAAAGCAGAACAGGAUAUAACCACCUUGGAGCAAAGCAUUAGCCGGCUGGAGGGACAGGUACUGAGAUACAAAACUGCCGCGGAGAACGCUGAGAAGGUCGAAGAUGAGCUGAAAGCAGAAAAGAGGAAACUGCAACGAGAGUUACGAACAGCACUGGACAAGAUUGAGGAGAUGGAGAUGACCAACAGCCACCUGGCCAAGCGGCUGGAGAAGAUGAAGGCCAACAGGACAGCGCUUCUGGCUCAGCAGUAGGGAGGCUGCCCUUCUAUCUGGGGGUUGCUCCUUGGGGCCCCACCCAGUGGGACUGAGUUUUGUCCAUCAACACAAACCCCUUUCAGUACUGUUGGAGCUGUGUCAUUGAAACAGCCACCUUUGCAUUUUGUAAUUUAUGAGAGAAUGAAACAGGUUUGCACCUUCA